AUGACGCGUCAAGGCAACGUCAAGGUCCCCAACGGGCAGGGUCUGAGCGCCUGUAGGCAGCACUGGCAUGCCUCAUACUUGGUGUUGAGGUCGAGAUUAAGGUCACCAUCAGCUAUAGGAUUUGACAAGAAGUUGCAUGAGGAAUUCAUUCUCCAACCUAUCCUUUCUCUCCUGGUUGGUUUCUUGGGUUUCACCGGGCGGUCAAACAUCCGAUGCUUCAGAGCUUGCACGUUAAUCGAUGCUGCCUUACCUGGAAAGGUGUUCUACCCCGGAACGAAAACAUACGCGGAGGACAUCGCUCACUUCCAAGCUUCCGCCGAGCAAAACUCGACUUCCGCCGUCAACCCGUCCUCUGUUGAAGAUCUCUCGGCAGUCGUUGAGUCAGAAGCGGCGGACAUGCCACCAAUCAGGGAUUUAGCUCGACGACGGGCCGCCGGGCGUUCAGAUAUCAAUGGCAAGCUUCACCUCAGAGCCGGUUGCAAAUGGCAUGAGAUUUACGCUAGCUUAGAGCCAUACAACGUAACAGUCGCAGGCGGCCGCGUGCCCGGCGUUGGUGUUGGUCUUAUUCUCGGAGGCGGGUACAGCUGGAUCGCGGACCAAUACGGCCUAGGAAUCGACAAUGUUGUUUCCUUUGACCUAGUCCUGCCAAAUGGGACGUUCGUUACCGUCAGUGACGCUAACCACCCAGAGAUUCUCUUCGGCCUGAAAGGAGGACUGAAUAAUUUUGGAAUCAUCAGCAGAGUGACGAUGUAUGCUCGUCCCUUGGGUGCAGUCUGGGGUGGAAUGAUUACUUACGCUCCCUCUGACGAGAUCUCACAAGCUUUGGCGGAUUUCAGUUUGUAUAACACCGAUCGUAAAGCUCAAAUUGUUGCGGACUAUGUUCAGACAGGCGUUGAUCAGGCGGCGUGGCUGAUAGUCAUGUUCUACGACGGAGGAUUCCAACCGGCCGUUUAUCAACCAUUCCUAGAUAUUCCAGCGCUCGCAAGUAACGUCGGCGUUCAAAAUCCGGGGUUUUUUGAAUAUGAUACCGAUUGCAAACCAUUCAUUGGCGCUUUUGAUUUCGAAACGCCCUCUGCCUACCCGCACUCCCAAAACCGCCACGUUACGCCUGCCAACCCUCUUAUCACUUUUGCUAACUUGGCAGACGCGGAGUACUUUCACGAUUUAUUGUGGAAGAUGUCAAACACCAUUCAGGCCUCUGCUGUCUCUCAAGGACAGAGCCGAUGGGACGAUAUCCAUCAUCCGAAUCUUGCUCUUGAUGAUCCGCCGAAGGAGUUGUUGUUUGGAUCUAAUAUUACUCGGCUGAAGCAGAUUAAACACAGUUGA